UCAUCAAUGGGCGCGCGCUGCCCGGUGUGCGUGGACGGUUGCACGUGAGUCACCGUGAUGGCCAGCAGCUCUGAUGUGGUGAAGAAAGUCAUGCGGUUCAAACUUCAGCUCUCAGACCCUGCAGAGUCUGCGACGGUUGUAAAGAUUUUACAGAAACUCAAGGAUUUGGAAAUCACAUUAGACAUUCUUGCUGAAACUGGUAUUGGCAAAACGGUAAACUCAUUACGCAGACACGAACAAGCUGGAGAAAUUGCAAAGUCGCUGGUUAGAGGCUGGAAGAGAUUGGUCCCAAAGGACUCCACAAGCCAAACAGAAGCUGGUGAGGCGUCAGAGAGUUUGUCUGCUAAAGAAAAACCGGACGACCACCAGUGUGAAAAUAACAACAGUUCAGUGGUGGAGGAUUUAAACAAUAAUCGCUUAACGUCGCACAGCAAGAGUCACGAUUCUUCUUCAGGUGAGGACGUGUGUAAGAAGAGUUACAGGAAAGCUGAUGCAGAGAAACGAUGCGAGGAACAGAAAACACUAAAGGAUCAACGUGAAAGUCGAGAAAAAGGUCAAAAGGAAAACAAGAGUAUGUCUCCGAAUGAAGUCUGCGAGGAGAAAGUUGAAUUUGAAGAGGAUAAAAUGGACAAUUCAGGGGUUUCCAAGAAGAAGAAAACUGAACAGAGGGACAGCAAAUCAAGAGGUGGUGACACUUUGUCAGCAAACAAAAGCUCAGAGGACACUCGGCACAAAUCAAGGUCUCAUUCUAAGGACAAACGUAAAAGAAGCUCUGAAAGUGGAAGAUUUGAGUCAGAAAAAGAGGCAAAAAAGAAAUGUAAGACACCAGAUCCGUCUCCAAAAGGAAGAAAAGACUCUUUUUCAUUUGACUCCGAGGACAAUUUCUCAAAACCCUCACAACCUGCCGACGUCAAGGGUAUAUCGAGGGAUUCGGAGGACAAACACAGAAAGAGGAAAAGAAAAAGCAAAGAGAAACACACGACACGAGAAGCAGAAGACGCGGCGCAUAAAAACAAGAAGGCCAAACUGAAGCAAGGAGGCGAAGAGAAAGACCCCGAGGAGCCCUCCAUGUCUUUUGAGUCCUGCUUGAACUAUGACGUGAACGUUCGCAAGAGGAAGGAAAAAUCUGCAGUGAAGAAAAGGCCCAAGAAAUUCGAAGAGGAAGUCAAUGUUGAUUCUCCAAAGCAGAAGUUUAAAAACUCUAUCAUGGAUCUCAUUAACAUUCCUUUACCUGCUGUCCUACCUGAAUAUGAAAAACCUUCCUGUGACGAGUACUUUGAGAGGAGAGUGGAGAAGGAGCCUGAUUUCUGUGACGACGACUAUGCAGUCUUCACGGGUCAACGACUAAACAAGAAGAUGCAGGUGUACUCGGGUAACAAGACCGUCUUCCUCCCGACCAUGAUGAGCCUGCACCAGCAGUGUGUCCGCACUCUCCAGAAUAAUAUCAACUUGCUGUAUGAAACCGGAGGAGUCCCGUUUGAAAUCCUGCAGCCCGUGCUGGAGAGGUGUACGCCUGAGCAGCUGCUACGCAUCGAAGAAUGCAACCCAAUCUAUGUCGGGCAGACGGAUGACCUGUGGGGGAAACAUUGUCAGAGGGACUUUAAAGACUCUAAACUUCUGGAGUAUGAAUCCUGGAAAGAGAUGUACAUCAGGCUGUCUGCGGAAAGAGAGAGGAAACUCCAGAGGCUGACCAAAAGCAUCGUCUCUGCACAUCAAACCAAACCAAAAGGCCGGCAGGUGAAGAUGGCUUUUAUACAUACUGUGGCAAAGCCACCGAGAGAUGUGCGAAUUCAGCAGGAAAUUCAUGGAACUGCAGUUCAGCAGCCUCAGCCGCCCAAGAGCAGUGUUAAGGUUCAGGACGUCAGACCGAGGACGAGCUGUGAUGAGCCCAGCAGACCCAGCAGCACCAGUUCCGGGUCUGGAAAUACUCAAGACCCUCGCAAAAAAACAAGGGUUGCUCCGAUGAUGGCAAAGUCCUUGAAGGCCUUUAAGAAACAGCUGGGUCGCAGAUAAACCCUCUUAUAUGAUCCUGCUAACGACUGUGUGUGGAUGUGGUGAAAGUGCACUCAUUCAUUCAUUAACUCAGGACAGGAGAAGGCCUGUUAUUCUCUCCUUUGAUUACUCUGUGUUGUUUGUCUAAAUACUUAUUUAGUUUAGUUUUUCUUUAUAACUGUGAAUUUUCUUCACUAUUAAAUGGACGAUGAAAUGAGCAAACGU